AUGAAGAUCACAAUAAAAACCUUGCAACAAAAACAAUUUCAAUUGGAUGUCGAACCGGAGGAUACGGUCCUUACGGUAAAAGAAAAAAUCGAAGAGACUCAGAAAUAUGCAGUUCCACUUCAAAAACUGAUUUUUUCAGAAAGAUUUCCUGGUAGUCAUGGUUUCGAAGCAAGACAGCAAAAUGCAGCUUCAACUUCGACCUCCACCCCACCUCCCACAACAACUGCGCCUUUACAAAAUUCCCCACGUGCCCCAACUACAAUUCCCCAAUUACCUGCUGUUAUACAAGCACCACCUUCAAUAACUUCUACUACUACAUCUGGUCAAGAAUCAACAACUAGUAAUCCUACAGCUACGACACAACCAAUAACAAAUGUUUUUGAUAAUGCUAGCAUUUUAGUAACUGGAGCUGAUUAUGAAAAUGCUAUUCAAAGUAUUAUGGAAUUGGGAUAUGAUCGUGAUCAAGUUGUGAAAGCUAUGCGCGCUAGUUUCAAUAAUCCUGAUAGAGCUGUUGAAUAUUUAAUGACUGGAUUUCCCGAGAGUACACAAGUUGAACAAACUACUGCAUCCUCAGAUCUAACGGGUAGUUUACCAGCAUCUUCACCUGCAAAUACCAGAGGUCUCGAAGAAUUGAAUUUUUUAAGAAAUCAACCUCAAUUUCAACACUUGAGACAAAUUGUUCAACAGAAUCCGGCUUUAUUACAACCAUUGCUUCAACAAAUUGGUCAAUCUAAUCCUCAAUUACUACAGCUCAUUAAUGCCAAUCAACCAAUGUUCAUGCGUCUCUUGCAAGAAGGAAUGGAUGAAUCAAGUGAAGGGGGCUUACCCCUGCCUCCAAAUUUUAUUAAUACUAAUUUUUCACGAGAAGAAAAAGAAGCGGUCGAUAGGUUGGAAGCUCUCGGAUUUGAUCGGGUCCUUGCCAUUGAAGCAUAUAUUGCCUGCGAUCGAAACGAAGAACUUGCAGCAAAUUAUCUAUUCGAACAUAAUGAUGAAGAUGACAAUUAA